AUGUCAGAGGAACCCAAAAAAGAGGCCAAUUUUCCGGAGGUGAUCAGCGCCGGCUGGGGCCCCGACCAAGAUCUAUACGUGUCUUUCACAGACUGCCGGCUGGAAAGAUAUGUGUGUAAGGACGGGAUGCAGCUCACAGAUGAGGCACAACUUUCCUCUCAUGUGAAAUUUCUAACUGGCAAGAAUCGGGUACUUGCCAUGAGUUACGAUCUUGGUGGUAACAAGGGGCAGUUUUACAGAGGAGAAAAAAUCAAGCCCACGAUGGUAACGCCAAAAGACCACCAUGGAGAGGCAUUGGAAGAGAUGCAAAAAGCGUUUCGCGUCUCGUUCUCAGACGAUGGGAAGAAGGCCGCGUGGGUUCAAGCCGGUGCAGUAAAAUUUCGGCCCGAUUUGUCCGACGGCUCUCCCCCUUGCUGGACUGUCGUAGAUGUAACCUGUGACACGGCGGCGCAUGGAUCGUUGGGUCCGAUCUUGUUCUCCCCUGACGGAAGUCAACUAGCAGUAGUGUUCGGGCUGACUUUGCUCAUUGGACCUGCGACCACGGAAGAAGAAUUCGACAACCAUCGAGUCGCGAUACAAAUCUUGGAGCCACAACCCUUCAGUUUCAGUUUUGCAAGACCGAACCCACCUGUUCAGAUGGUUUGUGCAGCAUUCCAUCCUCGAGGAACCGAAAUGGCAUUGGGAUGCAAUACGUGCCAAGUGAUCCUAGUGAACGUGAAAACUAAGAAGGAAGAGUCGGAAAGCAGUCGGGCAAUGAUGGCUACCCUGUCACCUGACACCGGUACAAUGUUUCAGCCCCCGUCAACCAUCGAAGACUGUCGCGAUAGCUCACCAAAGCUGGAUGUCGUGGAUGUCAUUACGCAUGCUCCUCGGCAUGCACCGCGUGUGAUGCUUGCCUCGAGCAUGGGUCCUCUGCUUCAGCACUUGGCAACUCGCUGCGCCCACGGAUACUACACCGCCAAGAAACACGAUCUCUCCCAGUCGACAGUGCAUGCUUGUCGCUUGUUUGCAGACCUACACCAGCACAGGUCGUGGGUACUCCAGUCGCUCUCUCGCGCUGACGACACGCCAUCACUCCCAACGUCCCAUGCAUCGUCUGCUGCCACGAGGCGUGCAGAAACUUCGACAGUCUCCCUUACGUCGGCAAACCGUUCGCCGGCCCUCUCGAAUGCGUCAGACACACUCCGACCAGACCAUGUGAAACUACGAGUUUGGUCACCCACUGGCCGCCAAUCAUUUUCUAUUCCGCAGACCACUUUGAAUGACCUGGAAAAGCAGAUUGUGAGGCGUCCAAAUCACGAUCUGGGGUGUGGUUUGGACGCAAGCAUCUGUGUCGACAACCAAGACUGGAGCGCCUACAAGGUCGGUUUCCCCUUGGACGACGACUAUGUCUCUGCGAAUGACGAGGUGAUGGAGUGCCCUGCGGAACGCACUGACUUUAGUUGCCUUGGCAACGAGUUUGCGUUCUGGCUAUGUAUUGCUAUGACGAGUUUUCUCACCGAAUACCUGGUGUCCGGAUUUGCGAUGGAGCUCCCUCGCCUACUGGAACAUGGGCUGCGACUGGAAGACAGCUCUGGAGCUACCUAUUGGCCAGGUUCGCUGCUCACUAUGACUAUGAGCGCCGGUCUGCUGAUCUUUGCGCGUGUCUCGGACAUGUACACCGGGUAUCUCAUGUUUCUGGGCGGGAUUGCAUGGCUGACAGUCUGGACCCUCAUACCAGGCUUUUGUCAUGGGCUCACUAUGCUCAACACCUCUCGCGCAAUGCAAGGGGUCGCCAUCGCCGCCUUCACUCCUGCAGCCUUCUCAUUAAUAGGCAAUUUCUAUCCGGAGGGAAAGAGACGAAACUUUGUGAUUGGCGUUUACUCCGGGUCUGCUCCUCUAGGAUGCUUUGGCGGCUUCCUGACGGCAAGUGCACUGCCUUCGGCCAAACUCUCGUGGUUCUUCCGUGUCGCAGCCAUCGUGGCAGCUGUUACGUUCGCUGUCGCAAUACUCGUAACUCCUCGUCCCGUGGCUCGCAAGAGAGUACCUGAUCUACACAUGGACUUUGUGGGAGCCGGGUGGAUAACAUGCGGCUUACUCCUGGUGUCGUACGCUUUAUCGGCAGCGCCUUAUCAAGAUGGACAUGUGGCUGGAGACAGCUCUUUCACAUCGCCAGCCGUACUCUGCUCUCUCUCGGCCGGCAUGACGUGCCUCGCUGUCGCUCUGAGAUACGAGGGAUGGGUCGCCAAGUGUCCCCUGCUACCUUUCGAAUUUUUCAGACCGCGGAACGUUCUGCCACUAACACUGGCAAGCUUGUUCUUCUAUGCUACAUUUGGCGUGUGGCUGUACAAUUCCGCACGCUACAUUCUACUCACGUCGACCACCGAUGGUGACACCGGCCCAAGUGGCAUUACGCUGGCACUAUGGUACACGCCGACAGCCGUGGGCGGUACGGUGCUUUGCAUUGUGGGCGGGUCGUUGAUCCACCUUAUUCCGACCAUGGCCGUGAUAGCAGUGUCCGCUGUGGCAUGGGUGGCAGCGCCAUUGUUGUUUGCACUGGCUCCUCUACCAUUGCCAUACUGGACUUACGUUAUGCCAUCCAUGCUCUGCGCUACCAUGGGGAUCGAUUUGACGUUCACUGUCUCCGUCGUCUUUCUGUCGUCGGUCCAGCCGGCACGAUACCAGGGACUCGUGGGGGCCGUCUGCUCCAGUUUGUUUGGCUUGGGAGUGUCGUUCGCGCUAGCGAUUAGUGGAUUGAUCAUGGAUCAUCACAGUGACUCACAUUCAGCUGCGGAUGAGGUGGAACACACGGCAUACGAAGCAACGUUCUUCUACGCUACUGGGUCUGCGUUUAUCGGACUGUUGAUAUGCCUUCUAUUUUUGCGCAUAUCUCUCUGCAGUAGGACGAUGGUGGUCACGGAAGAUCCAUUUCUCCAGCUUCCGCGUCCGUUGCGACCAUGA